AUGACAUGUCCGAAGGUCGGCCGAUGGACCAUUCUCAACCGAGAAUUCGUUGAGAUUUUGGAUGGUCGAGAAUAUUCUGGGGUUCUUAACCGCAACACUGGAGAUGCUACAGAAUGGGUCAGCAAAGAGGAAGCUGAAGAAGCUUCGAGUGCCUUUGCAACAGAGUGUAAGAAACUUUACCUCGUCUUCUUGGAAGAAUGA